GGGCGGGCAGGCAGGGGCCGGGUGUGGGAGCCCGCGGGCAGCGCACGCAGCCACUGCGCUCGGGCCGCCGACACUGGGCCCCCGGGAUGAACCUCACCCGGAAAAAAGGCUUCUACAAGCAGGACGUCAAUAGGACCGCCUGGGAGCUGCCCAAGACCUACGUGUCCCCGACGCACUUGGGCAGCGGGGCCUACGGCUCCGUGUGCUCAGCCAUUGACAAGCGGUCAGGGGAGAAGGUGGCCAUCAAGAAGCUGAGCCGGCCCUUCCAGUCCGAGAUCUUUGCCAAGCGGGCCUACCGCGAGCUGCUUCUGCUGAAACACAUGCAGCAUGAGAAUGUUAUCGGGCUCCUGGAUGUCUUCACCUCAGCCUCCUCUCUGCGCAGCUUCUAUGACUUCUACCUGGUAAUGCCCUUCAUGCAGACGGACCUGCAGAAGAUCAUGGGGAUGGAGUUCAGCGAGGACAAGAUCCAGUACCUGGUAUAUCAGAUGCUCAAGGGUCUUAAGUACAUCCACUCAGCUGGCGUCAUCCACAGGGACCUGAAGCCGGGCAACCUUGCUGUGAACGAGGACUGUGAGCUGAAGAUCUUGGAUUUUGGGCUGGCACGGCCUGCAGACGCAGAGAUGACAGGCUAUGUGGUGACCCGCUGGUACCGGGCCCCCGAGGUGAUCCUCAGCUGGAUGCACUAUAACCAGACUGUGGACAUCUGGUCUGUAGGCUGUAUCAUGGCAGAGAUGCUGACAGGAAAAACUCUGUUCAAAGGGAAAGAUUACCUGGACCAGCUGACCCAGAUCCUGAAGGUGACUGGGGUGCCGGGUGCAGAGUUUGUGCAAAAGUUGAAGGACAAAGCGGCCAAAUCCUAUAUCCAGGCCCUGCCACAGAGCCCCAAGAAGGAUUUCUCUCAGCUCUUCCCGCAAGCCAGCUCCCAGGCCAUAGAUCUGCUAGAGAAGAUGCUGGAGCUGGAUGUGGACAAGCGCCUGACAGCCUCGCAGGCCCUCACCCACCCCUUCUUUGAACCCUUCCGGGACCCGGAGGAGGAGACGGAGGCCCAGCAGCCAUUUGAUGAUUCCUUAGAACAUGAGAAAUUUACAGUGGACGAGUGGAAGCAGCACAUUUACAAGGAGAUUGUGAACUUCAGACCCAUUGCCCGGAAGGACUCACGGCGCCGGAGUGGCAUGAAGCUGCAGUGACACAUCCAGCCUGACACUUGACUGAGCCUGGGGACUGCCACAGGCACCAACUACCAGACACUGCCCAUAGAACCGAUGUUUAUUUGUCACUACUAAAAUUUCAACCCUUCUUGGAUUAUAGCCUUCCAAGCAGAGGACAGAGCACCCUUGUCCUUGUAUAGAAAGCAGGCCUAUUGGAUGCAGAAUUCAAAGAAGUUGGUUGGGAGAAAUUACUCUGUUCAUAACCCACUACAUUAAAAUCCCAUUGGGAGAA